UCAGGUAUUCCUUAUUUCUCCCACCGAACCGCGAUGCCGAUGGGAUACGAUAUCCGAAUCCAUGGACAAAUUUUGUAUCACAACAGCACCAAAAAGAAAGAGAUCAAUCGCCACUUCACAUGUCUCAACAAAGAAAAAUUUUGGAAUACCAGCGGGUGGUGAUACAUCAGGCUCAUAUAAAAACUUCACGGUAAAUUUCUUAUUUGUGUAAGUCCCCAUGUCUACCUCUUUCACCUGGUCCUUGACAUUUGCUCUCGUCUUCGUAUCUGGCGUAUGGGCUGCGACCUAUACCGUAUCAGAUACUUACACAGGUCAAGAUUUUCUGAACAGUUUUACGGUUCAGAACAUCCCAGACCCGACCAAUGGAAGAGUCAAUUACGUCGACGCGGCCACCGCAAAGAACGACAAUCUAACAUUUGCCUCUGCCACCAAUUUCAUUGCCCGUGCAGAUUUCACCACUAUCCUGGACCCCAACGGCCCGGGAAGGAAUUCUGUCAGGUUAUUGUCUAACAAGCAAUAUGGGCUUGGUUCGGUUUUAGUGGCGAACCUCAACCAUAUGCCAGAAGGAUGCGGUACUUGGCCUGCUUUCUGGACUGUUGGAGAUCAAGGAAACAAUUGGCCAACUACCGGUGAAAUUGACAUCAUAGAGGGGGUCAACAACGUUGGCACUAAUCAAGGGACGCUUCAUACCAGUCCGGAUUGUUCAAUGCCCGCCUCUCGAACAGAAACAGGAACAGCUCUCCAAUCUGAUUGUGACACUGCAGUAAAUGGCAACGCGGGAUGUGGAGUGUCUUUCACUGAUGCUCGUAGCUUUGGUCCUACGUUCAAUAGCAACGGCGGAGGGUGGUACGCUAUGGAGCUUACGGACGAUUUCGUCAAGAUCUGGUUUUGGGCCCGCGGUACCUCCGUUCCUUCCGAUGUCAGUGGAGGCAGUUCUACAAUCGACACCGAUAACUGGGGUACUCCCGUGGCGUAUUUUCCCAACACAUCGUGCUCUAUAAGCUCUCAUUUCGGGCCUCAGAACAUCAUAAUCAACUUGACUUUCUGUGGCGAUUGGGCUGGUGCCGUCUAUUCAUCGUCGGGAUGCCCAUCAACAUGUGUUGACUAUGUCAAUAACAACCCAGCAGACUUUGAGAAUGCCUACUUCGACUUCCUCUCCCUCAAAGCUUAUACGUGACCAUGUGCUAUUUACGGCCCGUAAAUUAUCGACCUGAAGAGGAUUA